AUGCCGAUUGGUGCAAUGACAGCUAGGUACGUGAGGGUGUUCAAGUCCAUCGAUCCAGCCUGGUUUUAUCUACACGUCGGAAUCCAAACAUCGGCCUACCUCAUCGGAGCCGCCGGAUGGAUCACGGGCCUUAAACUCGGCCAUGAUUCCCCAGGCAUUACACAUCGCCAGCAUAGGAACCUCGGCAUCACCCUCUUCUGCCUCGGAACCCUUCAGGUGUUAGCGGUGAUAUUUCGGCCAAAACCGGAGCACAAGUACAGAUUUUACUGGAACGUGUACCACCAUACGAUUGGGUACACAACCAUUCUGUUAAGCAUCUUAAAUGUGUUUGAGGGGCUUCAUAUUUUGGAGGGUCCCAAGACUUUUUACACCGUGGUCAUCAUCGUCCUACUCGCCGUGGCAGUGACCAUGGAAGGCGUCACGUGGCGGAUUGUCCUCAACAGAAGAAGCGAUGAUGAUGAUGAGACCAAUCAAUCCGAUAUUAAUGGACAUGCUGCCUAG